GAUAAAGCAGAAAGGAUUUUAAUGCGAUUUAAUUUUUCAGGAAAUACAUUAUGAACAUUUAACACAUUAUAGUGUAGUGCGCUUCCUGUUUUAUAGGGAGUGAAAAUGUAAUUUAUGUUGCGCUUGCGCAGUGAGCAGCUGGUAUAUCUGCGUGUUUUGGUCCGUAGAAGAAGAACCGCGCGGGCAUCAGUGGACUGCUAACAGGCUGUGGAACCAGACUGGCGGUUCUGACGGGGAUCGGUUCGGUUCGGAUGGUUCUCUGCUCACCAGUCUCUCCGUGUUUGUUAGCCUGAAGCUAACGGCGCUGCUAACCUCGGUGUUUCCUGCUCCCUGAUGGGCCGAGGACAAGGACCCAUGAAGGGGAGGCCCCAUGUGGGCCCCCCCGGAGAGGAUAGGCCACCAUUCAACAUGGGCCCGCCAGAAUGGGGCCCUCCUCCCCCAAGAGGCUGGGGUCCUCCACCCCCGGGAGGCUGGGGCCCCCCACCCCCGGGAGGCUGGGGCCCCGCACCUCCGGAAGAGUGGGGCCCUCCACAUACCGCUGGUUGGGGACCACCACCCCCUGGGGGAUGGGGUCUUAGAGGCCCCCCACCUCCAGGCUGGGAUCCACAAGCCCCCCCUUAUCCAGAUUGGGGUCCAAGGGGCCACUUACCUCCUGAUUGGGACCCCAGAGGGCCUCCCCCACCAGGUUGGGGGCGCUACCCUGAUGACUGGGUCCCUCCUCCAGACUGGGAGCGUCCCCCAAACUGGAGAGGGUGGGGUCCAGAGGGUCCUCCUGAGCCGUGGGCCCCCCCUGGACCUCUCCCCCCUGUCCCUCCACCAGGUGUCCCUCUACCCGGUCCUGUUGGGAUGCCUCCUCCGGACCCCGCAGCCGUCCCUCCUGUGCCGCCGCCGGGCUGUGUGCCUCCCUUUGCGUUCCCUCCCUUCCCCGCCCCCGUCUGGACGUCAGAGCCCGUAGCGGAGGAGCCGAUGCCUAACCCGCCUCCUGACCAGCCUGAGUGGAUCAAAGCACUCAUCUCUGCUCCGCCCGACGACGCGACUUCCGCCGAGAUCAAGAAGGACCCGGAGCCGCCGACCCUCACCGCUGCUCCGGACCCUGCCCCCGCUGCCCCCCCCACUCCUGCUGACAGCCCUGCGUCCAGGAAGACGGCCAAAGCCAUGGGGCUGCUGGGAAAGCGUAGAUUUUCCAAGCCUCCACCGGGCAGAUCCACGGGGAUCAUCUCUUUCGUCGGGCCGACGUUCGGCUACAUCGAGAGGGAAGACCUGGAGAAGUUCCAGUUCAACUUCAACGUCUUCUUUGGGAACCCUAAAGCCCUGACGCCCGGCGUCCGAGUCCACUUCACGGCCUGCCAGGAGAAGGGCCACGCCGUAGCCACCGAUGUGAAAGUCGCUCCAGGUGGAACCGAAGACGUGGACCCGGAGAUCUACGAGGCCGUGGUCAGCCAGGCCAUCGAGGAGCCUGAGCCCGGCCAGCGCCAGUACCCCGGCCAGGUGUACGUGACCCUGGGCAUGGUGCAGACCAACCUGUCCUUCGAAAGGAAGGACAGCACAGUGACGCUGCUGAAGGGAGACCAGGUGCUCAUCAACGUGCUGAAUGACAUCAUCACAGAGAGGCGGCGAGCCACCAACAUCAAACCCAAGAUCCCCACCACCUUCAGCUCCACCAGAGAGAUCAGGGAGAAGGGCGUCAUCAUGAGUCUAAAAGAAAACGAAGGCGUCAUCAAGUCAGAGGAACACGGCGAGCUUCUGUUUGAGCUCAGAGAGAACCUGAGUGACAUCGACUUUACGGAGGAGGACGUUAACGAGGAGGUGGAGUUCACUGUCAUCAUGCUGAGGGCGGGGAAACGCGCCAUCAGGAUCAAACGGGCCAAGGAGCCCCUCCUCCUCACACUCUGUGGCGCCUCGGAGGAAACGGAGAGCGCGGCCACCGCUCAGGAUCAGGCCUCUGUUUGCCUUGAUCGGCCCAGGCCCGGCGCCAAGCUACAGCUGGAGCCGCACAUGGUGCUGGACUCGGAGCUGUACGAGGGCAUUGUCAGCCAGACCAUCAUCGAGCCAAAGGGCAAUGUUCCAGGGUAUCCGGGUCAGAUCCACGCCAACAUCGGCCCUCUGAAGACCAACGUUUCCUUCAACCACAAGGCCUGCAGCGUGACUCUGCUGAAGAACGACCACGUGCUCAUGAACCUGCUCAUCAACAGCAAGAAUAACAAGAGGCGAGCCGCCAACAUCCGACCCAAGAUCCCCUUCACCUUCGCCUACACCAAGGAGAUCAGAGAGCUGGGCACCAUCACCUCGCUGGGAGACGAGGAGGGAGUCAUCAGCUCAGCCGACCAUGGAGACAUUCCCUUUGACACCUGUGAGAACUUCAGCGACACAGAGUUCAACCCUGAUGAUGUGGGGAAAGAGGUGGAGUUCACAGUGAUGGCGGGGAAACCCGACAAGAGAGCCAUCAGGCUGAGGAGGGUGAAGAGGAAUAAGGUGGCCGAAGACAAAAUCCUGCAGGAGCAGAAAAAACGGGAGGAGGAGGAAAAGAGGAAUAAGGAGGAGGAGGAGAGGAGGAGGAAGGAGCAGGAAAAGGAGGAGAGGGAGGCAGAGAGGAAGAAGGUGGACGUGGCUGCAGCUCUGGCAGCCGCCAAAGAAAAGGUGAGGAUGGGAUGGUUUCCUACCAGCAGGUGGAGCUAUACUCUCCUGCUCUGUAAGCCGUCUCCCUGCUCUGUAAAGCCGUCUCCCGCUCUCGUCUCCCUGCUCUGUAAAGCCGUGCUUAAAGCGGAGCAGGUGGAGGUGAAGAAGGAGGAGGUGCUUAAAGCGGAGCAGGUGGAGGUGAAGAAGGAGGAGGUGCUUAAAGCGGAGCGGGUGGAGGUGAAGAAGGAGGAGGAUUCAGGCCGUGAGACGGGCCGACUGGUGAUGACCAUCAACGGCCAACAGAAGCAGCUCCCCUUUGGCCCCAAUGACUUGCUGACGAUGGCCACCAUGCUGGUUGGAGACAAGGUGCGCUUCAGCCUGGCGACUCACCAGGAGACGAAAGAGGAGCACGCAACCUUUGUAGAAAUUCUUCCCGACUCCUUUGAAGAGUCCAUCGAACAACGGCACCAUGGCAUCGUCAUCGAGUUCUCGGAGGAGUCUGGCCUCAUCAAGUGUUCGGAGAACCCUCAGCUCUUCUUCCGGAUGUCAGAGGUCAUAGAGCGGAAGAAGCUGGAGCUGAACGAGAAGGUCGAAUUCAGCAUCGUCCCGCAUGAAGGAGGGAGGCAGGCUAUCAGGAUCAAACGUUUCACUGAGAAGGUUUUCCUCCCAGUUCGGAAAAUUGGCGGCAUCGGUGCUAGCAAAGCAAAGAUGACCAUCAAGUUGACCAAACCACCUGAAGCAACUGAAACUCAGAAACCAGAGGCAGAGAAAAUGAAGGCAGUAGUUAAAAGUCUUCGGAAUGAUCACAGCGCCACUCGAACCCGGUACCGCCGAAGUAGGAGUCGAAGUCGGAGCAGAAGUCCCAGCAGGACCAAGGAUCGCAGUAAGAGCAGGAGUCCAUCAAGAGAUCAGUUUGGCCGCGUGGUGAAAAAGAGAUCUAGCUCGAGCAGGGAGCGCGAUCGCAGUAGCAGCCGGCACAGACGGAGCAGAGACAGGUCCUACAGGUCCACCCGGAGCCGCUCCAGGAGUCACAGCAGAAGCCCGAGAAGGGACAGAGCAAAAAGCAAAGAUGGCGCCUCCAAGAAGAGAAGUAGAUCCAGCAGGGAGCGGGAGGAAGGUCACCGGAAGAGGCGGGAGCUGAGCCCUUCGCCGCGACGAGGUGGAGUUGUAGAUAGUGAGUUGGCGAGGAAAAAAAGGGAACUGGAGGAACUGAACGAGAUGAUCGCCUAUAAAAAGUCACUGGUUGAAUUUGAUCCAAGAACCCAAGAGCCUGGAGGACGGACCUGCAUCGACUACGACCACGGCAGGAUAACUUUACCACGGCCGAUUCUAAAGAAGCGACCAGAAGAGUCGGAAUACCACCGCCCCCCCUACAGCGACCCUUACUACGAUCGACCGUACGGUCCGUACCCUGGCCGUCACUAUGGGGGGCCCUACAGCGGCCCGUACGCUCAUCCCUACUCAGACGGCGCUUAUGGCGACCGGCCUUAUGACGGUCGUCUCUAUGGGGAGCCUCCCUACGGCGGGGCGCCCUCCGUCAGCCAUCGCUACACCGAUCGAUAUGACGUUUACAACGAGCAUUACGAUGAGCAUUUCUACGACCCAGCAUACAGGGAACGACCACCAGACAAACCAAGUCGGUCUGCAGAUUCUCGUGACCCUUCGCCAUUUUCUUCGACCAGCCAGAAUCCUAAUCGUUCUGCCAGCCCGGCGACCCAGACGGCUCCCACUCCCUCCACGUUCAGGCCUCCUUCUCCCAUCGAUUCUCCUCCAAGAUCUCCUUCUCCUAAACAAAGACUGGGUUCACCACAGCAGCCUCCACCCGCUGAGAAACCCCCUCUGGACCGCUUCCUUGCCAUGCUUAACAAGAAGGUCGUCGCCGAGAAGAGGUCAGAACCAGCAGACGACCUUCUGCCUCAUGAGCGUGCUCUUCAGGAUGGCGAGGGCUUCUCCAGGAUCUUAGGUCUGCCGCGGGAGCCGCCCAGCACCGCUCUGCUGCAUGAGGUAGAAGAUAAGCAGCCGAGCCCCAAACCGCCGUCAGCUGAGCGAGCAGACGAAGGGGCGGAGCCUUACGAUAAGAUACAGAGUCUGCUGCGUUCCAUCGGCCUCAAGCUGACUUCCGGAGAGGUUUCUAAACUGGCCAGUCAGGCCAAGGAAAACAGGUCCAAGUCUUCAUCGGCUGAAAGAGAAUCCAGACCUGGUUCUGUGGAGACGGCUCCUCCCCCCCCACCUAUGAGAUCCUCCAGCCUAGAACCGUCCAGCCUAGAACCGCCCAGCCUAGAGCCGUCCAUCAGACCGAAGCCAGCCGGGUCGCCGUUUGAAGGAUUCCUGGACCAGCAAGAGCUGAAAACCCUGAAGAAGCUGCAAAAGCUGCAGAGUCGCAGCAAAGCACCAGAGAGCACGCCGCUCGCCCCCUCCUCCCCCAAA